UUACCAAAAUUUGGUGAGCCAUUACAAAAUGUCACGGUACCAGUGAGUCGAGAGGCGGUACUGCAAUGUGUUGUCGAUAAUUUGCAAACCUACAAAAUUGCGUGGCUACGCGUCGACACACAAACAAUACUGACGAUACAAAAUCACGUUAUAACGAAAAACAACCGAAUGAGCAUAACUCAUGCUGAGAAACGUGCUUGGAUAUUGAGAAUACGUGAUGUCAAGGAAGCGGACAAAGGCUGGUAUAUGUGUCAGAUCAAUACGGAUCCGAUGAAAAGCCAAGUUGGUUACCUGGAUGUUGUGGUGCCACCGGAUAUUCUCGAUUAUCCCACCAGCACGGAUAUGGUGAUACGAGAGGGCGCGAACGUAACGCUGAAAUGUGCAGCAGUUGGUUCACCAACACCGACCAUAACGUGGCGACGUGAAGGUGGCGAACCCAUACCGCUGCCCAACAAUACAGAAGUUAUCGCCUACAAUGGUUCUUACCUGACGAUCACUAAAGUACAGCGUCUUAAUAUGGGAGCAUAUUUAUGCAUCGCCUCCAAUGGCAUACCGCCAACGGUCAGCAAGCGCGUAAUGUUGGUUGUGCACUUUCCGCCAAUGAUUUGGAUACAAAAUCAGCUAGUCGGUGCUGCCAGCGGCCAAAACAUAACACUUGAAUGUCAGUCGGAGGCGUAUCCGAAGUCCAUAAAUUACUGGACGAAAAAUGAUACGAUCAUUGUGCCGGCUGAACACUUUGCAUCCGAAACUUUUGAAAGAGGCUACAAAAUUACUAUGCGAUUAACCAUAAAAUACGUUGACACAUCAGAUUUCGGUUCUUACCGUUGUGUGGCGAAGAAUUCUCUUGGUGAUACGGAUGGCACGAUUAAACUCUAUCAUAUUCCGCAAACAACGACAGUAACCACAUUAGCGCCUACUGUGGCUCUAAAUACCGUGCCAGUAGUAGUUACGAAAUACAGCAACAAAGAUCAACGAUUCAGUAAAAAAAUUCACCGCACAAAAUCGAAUGUUGCAGAUAUAUCAUCGCCAUCAUCCUUGAACAAUGUUUAUAUUGGUGCCACAUCGAGCUUAUGGAAUUCACAAGACCACGGUACAACAAGAGAGCAUAAUCAAUCUUUACUUUGUAAACCCGAAAUGACGUCUAAUGUACUCUGCGCCACAAAGCCAGCUGACCACCUGGUUUCACCUGCAGUGGACUCUUCAAACGCCUUCUCUUCCAAUCAUAAUUCAUAUCUUAAUGCAGUUUGCUGGACGUAUCUCCUUCAAGGAUUAUACAUGUUAUUUAGGUGACCCGAGCGUCUUCGAACAAAGGUUUUUUACUUGAUAUAAAGUAGAAACGAAAGUAUUCCGCAUUAUAGUCGCAAGAUCUAAAAUUGUGACAAAGCAGCUAUCUUUGCAAGUAUAUGAGAAGAUAAACUAGAGGUGCCUUUGAAGAUAUAAAGUAUAAGUAGUGGUAAUAAUAGAAAAUCUGUGGUGCAUAAAUAAUACUACAUACGAUUUGAAGAUACAAUUGUCAUACUGCGGUGACCUCGUCCAAAUACCAUCACAUAUAGUAAAUUAAAUAUAAAGGAGUUGAAAAUCUGUACCAUUGUUUGAAACGAAAAAUUUUAUAAGGAGUCCACAUAAAUACCAGGGAAGUAUUAUUUAGUAAGUCCUUAGAAUGAAUUUUAAACCUAAAUAUUCUAAAUUGUUUAAUUUUUUCUCUACAGCACUACGUGAAGAACUUUUUGAAAUAAUGUAGCAAUGAAGAUUCGCAUAAAAUUAGUUGUGCAAUAAAAAGCUUUCAAUAUUUGUUGUAAGAAGAGGAAUAUGCUGAGAAUACGAGUACUACAU